CACACCGUUUUUCGGUUCAAAAUGGCGCUAUGUUUACGUCUCUGCAUGUUAUUCUGUUAUUCCUAGCAAGUAUGAUGGCGAGCUUGGAUGGUUUUAUUCACUCGGGAAGAUAAUCUGACAUUGCAUUUGCAUCAACGGCCGGUCUACGAUACACAGAAUACGGUAAAGAUCUGACGUGAGAAACUUCAGCUUCAGGAAGGAUGCAGGCUGAGGCCACGGACUCCUCUCUGAGGGAGGGGAUAGAGGCUCUGGGAGUGAGGGAGGCAGAGAGGAGUGCUGCAAAGCAGGAGGAGGAGGGCAGCAAAGAGCAGCAGGACACCGAGAUGGUCGCUGCAACAGGGGAGGACACAACAUCCAAUGAUGCAAAAGAUGGGGAAGAUGGAGACGCAGUGGAAGGAGAAGAGCACAAGGAGGAAGUUAAAGCAGACACAGCGAUGGAUGGUGGAGAAGAAAAACAGGGAGUGGAGGGGGACGGGGAGUGGGAGCUUGCAUACAGCGAUGAGGAAAUGGAGGACCCCAAAAACUGGAUGCCGCCACCCGCUGAGAUCAAAAGACUGUAUGAGCUCCUCGCCAAAGGGGAGAUGCUGGAGUUGAACUUUGUGCCGCUCCCCAGGAGGCCCCCCACGCCUGAGCGCACCCCCUCACCUGAGAGAGACGAGGAGGAGGAGGCGGCCAAAGAAAGGGAGAGGGAGGAGAGGGAACGCAAGCCUCCGACUCCAACAGAGUUUGACUUUGAUGAGGAGCAAAUGCAAGCCACUCCGAAAAAUGCCUUCAUCAACAGACGCAGAACACCAGGAUCUUCGGCCCGCGCCUCUGUGAAAAGGGAAGCCCGGCUGGACAAGGUGCUGUCAGACAUGAAGCGCCACCAGAAGAUGGAGGAGCACAUCCUGCGUACGGGGCGAGAUCUGUUCAAGAGUGACAAGAAGCUGGAGGAGGCCCUGUCUCCCAACAGCCAGAAAGAGCGCGAGAAGGAGAGGGAGCGAGACAGCAACCCCAACACUAUCUUCUCCCCGAGACAGAGGAGAUACUGAAGUAUUAAAGAGAAACGAGGACUCUGCCCAGCAGGAAGCAAGGCCAAGAGCUUUCAUAGGCUCUUUUUCAAAACUUGAAUUUUGUAUGUAAUGGACUUUUCUAUGUUUUCUAUGUGUGUUUUGUAUGAUGGUAAUAAACAUUUUAACCUUGA